AUGCGUGCGACCGCUGCUCUCUCUAAGAACCCUCUCCCGCUCUCCCCACUCGCCUCCAUUGACACCUCUCGUGCCUCUGUGCUGCUGCCCCUCGCCUCGCUUCCCUUGCUGCGCUCUCUGCAAGUAAGUGCGGUGCUGCUGGGUGCGGGCAGCUUGUGCUGCUGGGCAUGGCUGAUGCCGGGUGCAACUAGUGACGUGACAACACUUUAUGCCACCUGGAUUGCUGCGGACGACGAGGAGAGGAGAAUGGGUGUGAGCUCAAUCAGCAGAGAGCCUCUUCCCUCUUUACCCCGUUCAUUGCUCUCCUUUCCCCGUUGUCUCCCCACCACCUCGCUCGCUGCAUGCUACGAGCAGAACGAGAUUGGGCUUAGUCAGAGAACCUAUUUCCGCGUUACUCCUAAAAGAGCUUCAUCCUCUUCCUCUCCUCCACCCCACAUUUCCGUUCCUUUCCACCCCUUGCCUCGUUCUCCCUUCUUCCCCACCCACCCUGUCACCUCUGCUGUGCCUCGUGUUGCUGCAGUGCCACCUGCUGCUGCUGCUGCUGCUGCUGCUGCUGCUGCUGCUGCUGCUGCUGCUGCUGCUGCUGCUGCUGCUGCUGCUGCUGCUGCUGCAGGGAGGCAGUGGGGAGAUGAGGGAACACAAGGGCCUGGGUCAAGGGGCCGGGACGAUGGGCGGGAGAGGAAGAGAGAGGAAGGGGGUAAAGGGGGUGAGGAGCAAGAGGAUAAGGGGAGUGAGGAGCAGGGGAGUAAGGAGCAUGGGGGACACGAGAGUAAGGGGCAGGAAGGGCAGGCCGGGCAGGAAGGGCAGGAGGGUAAGGCACAGGAAGAGCAGAGUGGCAGAGGGAAGGGGGAUGGUGAGGGAGGGGAUGCUGACAAGCAGGCAAGCACCGUGAGACGCCACGAGUUCAUGCCUCCAUCCGCCGCCACCGCUCUCAGAGGAGCGUUGAGGGACGCGAGGUGGAGGGGAGGCGACAGGGAGAGAGGCAGGGGGCGCGGCCUACAGUGGAGGGGAGUUCUAGGGAGACUGGGGAGACCCAGAGCAUCCCAUGAAAAAGCGGAGGGCAGUGGAAGCAGCGGUGGGAGGGGAGGCAGCAGAGGCAAAGGAGGUGGGGCGCUUGGUGCAGCAGCAGCACUGCGCUCUCGUGAACCACUUCAACAGGUGCGCGAAGUGUAUCUGAGACGUGUGAUACAUGAAGCAUUCACUGUUGUUGGCUGGAGACACCUGCAUGGGAGCAACGGUGGAAGGGAAGGCAGCAGACGCACAGGAGAUGGGGCGGUUGGUGCAGCAGCAGCACUGCGCUCUCAUGAAUCACUUCAACAGCUUUGUGUUGCUGCAGCGACAUCUACUGCUGUUGCAGGGAGGCAGCAGAGAGAGAAAGGACGAGGGGCAGAGAAAAAUACUGCAGUGACUCCUCUUCUCACAUUCCGCCCUUUAAUUCCGUUCUCUCACUUUUCUUGGGCCCUCCCCUGCCAGCCUCGUGUUGCUGCAGUACCACCUGCCGCCGCCGCUGCUGCUGCUGCUGCUGCUGCAGGGAGGCAGCGGGGGGAUGAGGGACGAUGGGCAGAGAAAAAGACUGCUGUGAUUCCUCUUCUCACAUUCCAUCACUUAUUCCCUUCUCUCGCUUCUUUUGGCCCCUCCCCUGCCAGCCUCGUGUUGCUGCAGCGCCACCUGCUGCUGCUGCAGGGAGGCAGCAGGGAGAGAACAGACAACCAGAGCUUGGGUCAAGGGUAUAGGGGCCGGGAGGAGGGUAAGGGGAAGAGGGAGAACGAGGGCAGAGGGGAGGAGGAGCAAGAGGGUAAGGGGAGCGAGGAGCAGCAGAGUGUGGGGCAGGGGGGGCAAGAGGGUAAGGGACAGGAGGACCAGAAUGGAGAAGGGAAGAGGGGUGGUGAGGGAGGGGAUUGUGAGAAGCAGACAAGUGCUGUGAGACGCCACGAGUUCGUCCCCCCAUGGAAGCCCCCUUUCGCCCCCCGCCACUGCUCUCAGAGAGAUGAAGGGCGCGAGGCGGGGAGGCACGGGGUGGGGAGGAGGCAGGGAGAGAGACAGGGGCCAGAGGCCAGAAUGGAGAGGAGCGGGGGGAUUCAUGAGUCAAGUCAGGAACGGGUCGUGGGGACGAGCUAUCCCCAACGAGAAGGGGCUGAGGGGCGUGGAGCGGGUCGGAGGCAGGGAGAGGGAGGAGUUGAGAGGCGUGGGGUGGGGCGGAGGCAGGGAGAGGGGGAGGGGCCAGAGGCAACGUUAAAGGCAUGGGUGGUGUGCAGUGUUGACUAUCACCGGUGUGACUUUAAGGGGGGGAGGAGCAGCGAUGGAGGUUCCAGGGAGGUGUGUGGGGGUGGAGGGAGAGGCAGGCGAGGAGGUGGGGAGAUGGCUGGGGGCAACUUGGGAGGGCAGGAAGGUGCAAUGGAGGGGUGUGAAAAGGAAGCAGCGUUGGGUGAGGACGAGAAUGAGGAGGAGGUGAAGCAGGGAAGGAGGGAGGGGAUACGGAAUGGAGGGACAGAGCAUGCAGGGGAACGUAUGGGCAGCAGCGCAGUAGGGGGCAUGGGGAGGGGUGUGGGGGAUGGGGGUGUGAGUGCGGCAGUGAGGGCGAGGGAGUGUGGGCGGGGGUACAGGGGACUGGCUGGGUGGGGGGAGAGCGGAGGGGCGGAAAGCAGAGGGAGAUGGAUGCGAGCUAAGAGCGCCCAGGGCUACUCGUCUGUUUGGACAGGAUGGGGAUCACUGGACAACCCACGUAGAGGCCUGGGUUCGGUCCUCCGCCAAUCACAUGGUGACACGUGGCGGCCUACCUGGGCCAGCUACACCUCCCAUGCUGCUGACGCGCCCACCACUAACAUCAGCGAUGUGGGAUGA